UCCGCCGGGAGAGCCCUUAAGAUGGCGGCGGGGGAGACGGUGAAGGUUGCCGGCCAACUGUCGGGGCUCUAAUCGCCGUUUCCUUGUCCCCCCCGCGGCCAACCCAUGGCCUGACAGAGGCGCGAACCAUGGACCUCCACACCGCCGUGUACAAUGCCGCCCACGACGGCAAGCUGCAGCUGCUGCAGAAGCUGCUCAGCGGCCGGAGCCGGGAGGAGGUGGACGAGCUGAUGGGCGAAGUGGCGAGCGGGGGGACGCCGCUGCUCAUCGCCGCCCGCUACGGCCACCUGGACGUGGUGGAGUACCUCGUGGACAGGUGCGGCGCGAGCGUGGAGGCCGGCGGCUCGGUGCACUUCGAUGGCGAGACCAUCGAGGGCGCGCCGCCGCUGUGGGCCGCCUCGGCCGCCGGCCACCUGGACGUGGUGCGCAGCCUGCUGCGUCGCGGGGCGGCGGUGAACCGCACGACGCGCACCAACUCCACGCCGCUGCGCGCCGCCUGCUUCGACGGCCACCUGGACGUGGUGCGCUACCUGGUGGGCGAGCACCAGGCCGACCUGGAGGUGGCCAACCGGCACGGCCACACGUGCCUGAUGAUCUCGUGCUACAAGGGCCACCGCGAGAUCGCGCGCUACCUGCUGCAGCAGGGCGCGCAGGUGAACCGGCGCAGCGCCAAGGGCAACACGGCGCUGCACGACUGCGCCGAGUCCGGCAGCCUGGAGAUCUUGCAGCUGCUGCUGGGCUGCAACGCGCGCAUGGAGCGCGACGGCUACGGCAUGACCCCGCUGCUGGCCGCCAGCGUCACGGGCCACACCAACAUCGUGGAGUACCUCAUCCAGGAGCAGCCCGGACGGCCGCGGGUGCCGGGCGGCUGCUCCCCCGACGGGCCCUACGAGAGCUGCUGCCCCACCAGCCGGGAGGCGGCCGUGGAGGCCUUGGAGCUGCUGGGUGCUACCUACGUGGACAAGAAGCGCGAUCUGCUCGGAGCCCUAAAGCACUGGCGCCGUGCCAUGGAGCUGCGACACCAGGGCGGUGACUCCCUGCCCAAGCCCGAGCCCCCGCAGCCCGUGCUGGCCUACGAGUGCGCGCGCGAGGUGGCCACGACGCAGGAGUUGGAGACACUGAUCACCGACCCCGACGACAUGCGCAUGCAGGCGUUGUUGAUCCGGGAGCGCAUUCUGGGCCCAGCGCACCCCGACACGUCCUACUACAUCCGCUACCGCGGCGCCGUCUACGCGGACUCGGGCAACUUCCAGCGUUGCAUCCGCCUGUGGAAGUACGCGCUGGACAUGCAGCAGAGCCACCUGGAGCCCCUGAGUCCCAUGACGGCCAGCAGCUUCCUGUCAUUCGCCGAGCUCUUCUCCUACGUGCUGCAGGAGCGCGCGGCCAAGGGCGGCCCCGCGGCGCCCGUGGGCUUCGGCGACCUCAUGGGCGUGCUGGCCAAGGGCGUGCGCGAGGUGGAGCGCGCACUGCGGCUACCCCGCGAGCCCGCCGCCUCCGGGCAGCUGGCCAAGGCGCUGGCCGUCAUCCUGCACCUGCUCUACCUGCUGGAGAAGGUGGAGUGCAGCGCGGCCCAGGAGCACCUGAAGCACCAGACCGUGUACCGCCUGCUCAAGUGCGCGCCGCGCGGCCGCAACGGCUUCACGCCCUUGCACAUGGCCGUGGACAAGGACACCACCAACGUGGGCCGCUACCGCGUGGGCGUCUUCCCGUCGCUGCCCGUGCUGCGCGUGCUGCUGGACUGUGGCGCCGACCCCGACGGCCGCGACUAUGACAACAACACGCCGCUGCACAUCGCCGCGCAGAACAACUGCCCCGCCGCCAUGGCCGCGCUGGUGGACGCGGGCGCGCACAUGGACGCCACCAACGCCUUCGGGAAGACGGCGUGCGAGCUGCUGGACGACAAGCUGUUGGCCCGCAACGCUGUGCAGCCCUUCAACUACGUGACGCUGCAGUGCCUGGCCGCGCGCGCACUGGGCCGCAGCAAGGUCCCCUACAAGGGUCGCAUCCCCGAGGAGCUGGAGGCCUUCAUCGAGCUGCACUGAGCACCUCCCGCACCACCAUCAUGGUCACCUGGGACCUGGCCAUGUCACCACCGGCACCUGUGCCGGGCUUUCAAGCUGUAAUGCACCAGGAGGUCAAGAGGCACUCACCAUGUCACACCCAGAUGCCCCCUGGAGUCAGUACAGGGCUCCUUAGGCCGGAAGUGCAAAAGGCACAAGCGACACCACUCUGGUCUUCCCUUGCCUUGCCAAGGCCACGUGGCAUGGUCAGGAUAGCCUCACUGACACCACUUGUUGGUUUCCUGUUUCCACAUCUAGUGGCCUGGUGACAAGUGUCACGCAGGUUCAGAGGUUUUGCUGCCUCUUCUGCUUUGCUUGUUCUUAAGUUCACUUGAAGCUGUGAGGGUUUUGCAGGGCCUGAUGGCUGAGGCCUUCCCUGUGUGAGCUCAGCUCCCGUGCCAAGCACUCGGUGAGCAGCUGAGGUCCCUGAAGCGUCUGUGUGACCUCAUUCUACGCAUGCACAGCCUCCUGACUCUUUCCUGCUGGACAGCGUUCCCGGCAGGGGGGGUGGUGAAGCACCCUGGCCGUACUGUUCUGCCACCAGCACAGGUAGUACUGUUUGGACUGCCACUGUGAGGAAAAACAGCUGGCCGUUCCAAGCCAUCACAGUCCUAGGAUGCCGCAGACACCUCCACAAGUGGCCCUCUUUGCUGGUUCACCUGCUUCGAGGACCUGAAGCCAUCGUUUUGAGAACGAGAGAGGCCUGGCCGUGUGACAGUACCCCACAAGAACAGGCUGCCAGGCCGGGAUGCGGCUCUGUGAUGGCACAAACUUAGCCAGGUUCCAUCCCAGCCACAAAACAGCAGCAGCAGUGUGGCCCUGACCCUCGCUCAGGGCAGGCAUGGUGUGACUCUGUGUCCCCAGAGUCACACCUAGGUUUGCAUUUGCAGUGUUAAGUAGGGGCUUAUUUAUUUAUUUAUUUACACAAGAAGCAAGCAUUGGGCUUGGCCCUGCUCAGGAGGGGACAGUGAGUCCCACCGAAAGCACACGAUGAGCAGGAGGCCAAGGCCAGCCCUGGGGUCUCGGCCUGAGCUUUGCAGUGUGAUUAAAAGCAGGUCUCAGAGAGAA